AUGGAUGUCGCCGGUCCAUCACUGAUGCCUCCCAAGGUAAAGAAAUCAAAUUGGUCCGAAGAUGAUAAGUUUCAAUUGGUUUACGAAAUCGAGAAACGAAAACGUGUAAUUAAGAACAAAUUUAACAACAGUAUUACAAAUCUGCUAAUAAAAAAAGCGUGGCAGGAGAUCGCAUCCGUGAUGAAUUCGCGGCAUCCAUCGACGCUGCGCACUGUGCCACAACUCAAAAAGCAGUGGCAAAACCUGAAAUGUCGCAGCCGCGCUGAACUGGCCCUCUCGAAGAGAGCACACUCCACGACCGGCGCAGGGCGCAACGACCACACGCUGACACAGCUGGCUGAGGCUGUGCUGGCGGUCAUCGGUUCCACAAGCCCCAACCUUCUGGGUAUCGAAGGAGGCAUAGACACCGACGAGGCCAGCACAGCAUCAGUCAGCGUGCAGCAAACCACUAACGAAGUGGUUGGAGAGGACCGAGUUCUCAGCUACGAAGUUCAAGUGGACCCCGGGGUCGCAUUCCUCGAGGUGCCGGAGUCCGAAGAAACCCUGGACUACGAGCCUCCGGACUGGCCGCUGGACGAGGAUGAGGCACCCGUGGAGACUGGUGCAGCAGCUGCGCUGCUACGUCGGGAGGGGCCUCCUCCUGCGGCAGGGGGACCGCCUGAGGCAGCAGCUGCUGCUGAAGGGCGACCGGCACCACUAGGCCUGUGGGGACCACCUCGUUCACGACUGGUCUGGAGGCCCAGCGCACCACCCGCAGGCUCGGCAGCCAGCACAUGGGCUGCAGACAAACAGUUUUAUAGAGACAUCUUGGAGCAACAACACGAGAACAUAAAGUUAGAACGGCAGUGCCUCCUUGCCAAACUGAAGGCGACGGAAGAGCAGGCAAGGGCAUCGGAAGGGCAGGCAAGGGCAGUAAGGGCAGCCUGCGAGGCUGCCGAAUUGAUGAAAAAGGCAGCAAACUUCUAUAUUGAACAGGGAGAAAAAAUGUUCAAUUUACUUGAGAAGGCCCUACAACAAGUCCCUUAA